AUGGCUGAAAUCGCAGCUGCAACUAAUAACUUUUCGCUUCCAAAUAAGAUUGGAGAAGGUGGAUUUGGUAGUGUUCAUAAGGGUCUGUUAUCUACAGGGCAGAAAGCCAGGCCGACGUGGAACGAAGGAAAAGCAUUAGAAUUUUUAGAAAAAUCAAUGAAGGUAUUGUGCGAAAGACCAGCGCUGGAUCGAAGAGUCGAAGAGGAUGAGCAGAGCCUCACCAUUUGGGCUCAAGAUUGCAUCAGCAAAGGAGAAAUUGAUCGGCUUGUUGCUCCAAGUCUGAGGCCCCAAAUAUCACCGGAGAGCCUGACGACAUUUCUUGAAGUUGCUAAUAGAUGCUUGCAUGACGAACCAAAUAAACGGCCUACAAUGGCUCAAGUUGUGGUACAACUUGAGUCUGCACUGGAGCAGCAAUCUUCUGCUCUAGAGAGAACUAGUUCUGAUAGUGUCAUGCCUUGUAGUGGGGAAACUCCCUAUUCAAUUAGCGUUGAGAUAGAAGAAAUUUCCUCUGUGGAUGAGCAGAAUAUGCCACUCUCUCUGACUAAAGGAAGCAAAAUGAUUCAGAAUGCUGAGCCAUCAGGCAGAGGAGCACAAAUGUAUAAGAGAAACAAAAAUGCUUAUAAGCUACCACGAUUUUGGCCAUGGAAUGCAUUAUGGAAAAGGGCAAACAUAACGAAGAAAAAUCAUUCAUCAAUACCAGAAUAUUUUGGAGAGGGUGAAUUGCAUAGAUUUGAUCUGGCUGAAAUUGCAGCUGCAACUAAGAACUUUUCGCUUCCAAAUAGGAUUGGAGACGGUGGAUUUGGUGGUGUUUAUAAGGGUCUGUUAUCUACAGGACAGAAAGUUGCUGUUAAAAGGAGAGCAUGGGAUGGCUACGAAUUUAAAAGUGAAGUUCUUCGGCUUUCCAAAAUUCAGCAUCAAAACAUCAUUAAAGUACUUGGAUAUUGCAUUCAUGGAGACGAAACCAUAAUUGUAUUUGAUCUCAUGGAGAACAAAUCUCUAGAUGCUCACCUAUUUGGUGAAACGAGACAUGAACUUGGAUGGACCAUACGUUUCAAAAUCAUUAUUGAGAUUGUGAGUGGAAGAAGAAUUAAUCGUCCUUUUUCUGACCUUAUUCAGUGUGCCUGGACGACGUGGAACGAAGGAAAAGCAUUAGAAUUUUUAGAUAAAUCAAUGAAGGGUGAGUUUCCAGCAGAUGAAGCAUUAAGAUGUAUCCAAAUUGGACUUUUAUGUGUCCAAGAACUACCAGGUGAUCGACCAACAAUGCAAUCAGUGCUUGAGAUGUUGGAAGGAGAAGUUCCGUCAUUGCCGCAACCGUUACCACCUCCAUAUGUUAAAACACAACCGUUACCACCUCCAUAUUUUGAAACAUAUUCUGGAUUGAAAACAAGCACUCACAUCGACUCCACCAAUGAGGUAACUAUUACACAGUUAGAGUGUCGAUAG